GACGUCCCGGAAGUUCUUCAUUCAUAACUUCCGUUUAUAGGCUGUUCUCUGAACUUACCUCACAACAGCGCCGGAUUGCAGUUGAUUUCAGCGUGAAAUAAUGGAUAACCCUCAGCAGUUUAGUUAUAUGGGCGCUCCGCCGCCUCCCGCGGGUUUAGAUGGCGCGGUUUACGCAGGAGGAGGACCGCCGCCGAUGCCUCCUCCACCUCCUCCUGCAGCGGGACACGCCUGGAGCGGCUAUCAACAUCCACCACCGGCGCUACAGCAUCACUGGGCCCCGUUUCCACCCUUCGACCCGGGCAGACCUCCUCCAGGGAGCUUUGAACCUCCUCCGCACAGCGAGAAACCGCCUUCUUCUUGGCCCCAGAACCAGUGGAGUGCUCCUGAGCAUCAUUUCAGGGGACAAUUCCCACCAAAUCAACAACAGUUUCCAAAUCCAGCCCCUCCAUCAUAUCAGUCCAACACCAGACCGGAUAAUCCAGCUCAGGUUUACACCUCCAACCGGCAAAAUUACCCAUUUAACAACCAGUCCAUGAACAGACCCUGGCUGGACCAUCAAAAAAUAACUGCUUCUGAUGAAGAAUCCAUGCAGAGACUGAGAGAUCAGCAGUGGCUUCAGAGUUUUUUGCUUAAAAGAAGAAAUAAAUCCAUUGAACCAAAGCAAACCGAGUCCAAACCCUCCAUCUCUCAGUUCAGAGAGAAGCUGUAUGGGACUGUUAAAAUGCUGUCUGAGUUAAAUAUCGUGUGUCAGAUGCUGAAGGAUAAUUUGGAAAAUGAAGAUGUUUGGACUCAGAGCCUCUCGAAAGCAAACAAACUGAAGAGCAGCAUCCAGGAGAGCCUGACGAAUCUGAAGGACCCGGACUGUGUCAGCAACGUCAAGAGGAAAUUACUGCUGAUUAACAAGAAGAGAGCAAGGAUGAGGAGAAGAAAGAUGGUGCAAAGGGAGGAAAAGGAGGAACAGGAGACUAGACGUGCUGAACGAGAGGCGGAGAUUGAUAAAUGGCAGAUGAAACGCAUUCAAGAAGUGGAGGAGAAGAACAGAGAGAAAGAGUUGAAGAUGGCUGCUGAUGCUGUUCUCUCAGAGGUCAGAAAGAAACAAGCCGAUGCCAAGAGAAUGCUGGACAUCCUGAAAUCUCUGGAAAAACUCAGAAAACUCCGGAAAGAGGCUGCGGCCAGGAAGGGCAUGUUUCCAGGAAAGGAGAGUGAUGAGAAAUUUGAGGGUCACUUGGAGCGGCUGAGGAGCCUGAUCUGUAAACGCACGGCUGUGUACGCGACAGAGGAGAAGGCUCUGAGAGUCAUGCUGGAGGGAGAGCAGGAGGAGGAGCGCAAACGAGACCGCGAGAAACGACAGAAGAAAGAAAAAGAGAAGCUGCUGCAGAAGAAGCGAGAGGUGGAUGCAAUGCUAUUUGGAGCUGAAUUGCCUCCUGAUCACCCUCUUCAGCCGUUCCUAGAUUACUACACACAGGCAGAGUGCUCUUUUCCUGCGCUGAUUCAAAUAAGGAGGGAGUGGGAUCAGUUCCUGGUUUCUGCCGAACACCCUGACGGUACAUCGGUUCCUCAGGGCUGGGUUCUGCCCGACCAACCAGCCGACGACAUCUGGGCCACGGCCCUGGAGAAAUGAUGCUUGUGACCCGACGG